AUGUCUGAGUCAAAUCUUUUAGGAAAUGGGCGUGUUUCUUCCAGGAUCUCUCUCCCAUUCCACUGGCUACAUGCAGAUGCCAGCAAGACCCCAGAGGAGAUACAGAGGGCAAAGCCUGGGACCCGGAAUGAUCACAUGGAAGAGACCCCCUCCUCUGGCCUCAAGACCUGCCUAGGACUGGCAGGGAAAAAGUUACCAUUUUGUGCAAAUGCAAUCUUUGCUUCCGCCACUCUUGACUGUGAAGAGCGAUUUAAGGUGUGGCUACAUCUCUGUGAUGGGUUACCAGGUGGGUCAGAGCAGCUGCAGAGACCCCCGGGCACUCAGGCCGAGGACGCCUCCAGGACAGGUGACGUUCCGAUAAAGACUGUCCCCCUUGUCGACGCCGAAUGUGGCAGCGGCCGGGCUUCUGCCGUCCCCGACCCUUCCUCUGUUGAUCCACCCUCAGACCCAUCGGCCGAGCGUAUUUGUUUGAUGUUUUCUGACGUGACUUCACUGAAAAGCUUUGACUCUCUUACAGGCUGUGGAGAUAUUAUUGCAGACCAAGAGGACGAGGCAGGUCCCAGCUGUGACAAGCAUGCCCCCGGGCCGGGCAAGCCAGUUCCCUCUAAAAAGAACCCCAGCGUGGUGGCCUACCAAGGCGGAGGGGAGGAGAUGGCCAGUCCGGACGAGGUGGACGACACCUACCUCCAGGAAUUCUGGGACAUGCUCUCUCACACUGAGGAUCAAGGACAAGGACCCCAAGAAGGAGCGGCUAAGACGGCACCUGCACUGGACACCAAGGUGGUGCCCGAGACCUCCAAAGACGCCAGGUGUGUGGAAGCGGCCAAGGACGUGUCCUCGGUCAAGCGCAGGAGGCUCACCCGGAUUCCCAUUGAGCUCCAUCCAAAGGAGGAGCCCAAACACCCGGAGAAAGAGCAGCAGGAAGGCGUCCCCAACAGUGACGAAGGCUACUGGGAUUCCACCACGCCCGGCCCAGAGGAAGACCCCACCGGCGGCGGUAAAAAGGCCGGCAUCCCCCGGGAUAGCUACAGCGGGGACGCGCUCUACGAUCUCUACGCUGACCCGGAUGGAAGCCCGGCAGCCCUUCCUGCAAACGAGGAGACGACCCACUCGUCCCGCUUAAAGCCCGUGUCGCCAGGCACCAUCACCUGUCCACUGCGAACACCAGGCAGUUUGCUGAAGGAUUCUAAAAUCCCUAUUAGUAUCAAGCAUCUCGCGAACCUUCCAUCCAGCCAUCCUGUUGUGCACCAGCAACCAGCCAGGAGUGAGAUGCCCAGAACAAAAAUCCCGGUUUCCAAAGUGCUGGUCCGUAGGGUCAGCAACCGGGGCUUGGCUGGGACCACCAUCCGGGCAGCAGCUUGCCACGACAGUGCCAAAAAGUUGUGAGGUCUCUGAGGCCAAGGUGGAUGGGCCACAUUUCAAGGAAUACAACUUUCCCCCUGGAAACCACUAAAGCAAGUUGUGCUUCCCCUAAAGAAAGUCUUUUAGGACUGCUCCAGAGCCUGGACAGAGGAGGUCUUCGUGCAGUGAGCAGGGGCAAGGUAAACCAGGGAGGGGGCGCUGUGCUUGGGAUUCUCCUCUCAAGAUAUGUUCCUGGAAAUUAUUUUCAAGCAUUUUUUCUUUUUCAUCAUUUUAAAAAAUCAUCUUUCCUUUUUUCUUUAAUGCACUGAGCAUUUGGAAGCCACCUUUACUUGCCUUUGUGGACAACAGGACUUAACCAAACCUAAGAGUCAUGCCAGGAUAUUGGGCUGUGUCAGGGUCCUGAGGACACGGAGGAACCACUGCAGAACCAGAGGCGCUCUCCUCUUCCAGAACACCUUCCUUCUUUCCUUCCUUCCUUCCUUUUCUUUUCCUUUCCAGGAAAAAAAAAAAAUACCCCUUGCUGUAUCACUGUGUGGAAAACACCUACAAAGCUGAAAGAGGUAUUUACCUGAUGAGCAGAGAGCAUUUUUGAUUGGCAGAAAACUUUCCUACUUUCAGUUGCUAGGUAUGCAAACAGGUAAAUGUCUACCAACUGGAAAAAUAAAGGACAGUUUUGGUUUGGUUGGUUCAGAUCAUUUGUUUGGGGAGAAAUAAAGGCUAAGCAGAGCAAGUUUUUGAUCCCCCCCCUCCCCCCGCCCAGUACAGAAAUCAGGAGUAGGGAAAGAUUUCACUAAAUACCAAUAGACACAGUAUUUAAGCAUUUGCAAACGGUAAACCUUCUCAUGUAAAGAUAACACAUGUUUUAAAGUUUAUCCUGCCGUUAACAUUUUAUAUAAUCUGUCAAUAACCUAGAAUAUAAAAUCUGGUCUUAUAGCCAGAUAUGAUCACUGUCCCCAAACCAUUGAUGUUCCUUUAUGUACUAUAAUGGGAAGCACUUCUGGUUUUGUUUAUAUGGGUUCUCUGGUUCUCAAAAAAACAAACAAACAAACAAAAAAACUACUGUGUUGCCGUUCCAGAGGAAUGGUUCAGCCUUGCCUUUGGUAAAACUCUGUUUCUCACUCCAAACCCUGGUUUUCAGAGAUUUUGCCUUGGUUAUAAAAUUUUGGAUCCAACCAUUCCUCACUAUGGGGAAACCAAAAUGAGGAACACAGGGGAAAAAAAUAGAAAAACAUAGUUUUUACGUUAUUUGACUUUUGCUUUAUAGACUGAUGACUGAGACAGGAUAUGAUACAUUGGCAAGCGAUGUAUCAUAAACACUUUAUGCCAAGAUUUUUUUUAAAAAGUGGUUUACUUAUAUGUAUGUUUUCUAAUAUUUCAGAUAAAACGUUUAUUUCAGAAAGGGUUAUUAUAUGCGUAGAUAGUUUGAGUGAUAAAUUGAAGCAUUUCUGAGAAUACUAUUUUAAUCUAAUGAUUAAAUUAAUAUCCUUUUUGAAAUGCACUUCAGUGUCAAAAGACCAGAGCUUCUAUUAGAAGGUGAUUCAUCAUUCAGGAAGACUACAUAUUCAAGUGAAAUUAUACAUAUGUAAAUGCCAUAAACAUUUUGUGUAACUAUCAUUUUCCAGAGAGAUUGCCUAAGUAAUCAACUGUUAUUACAUGCUUUUUGAGUAUUUUUUGCUUUGUAAAGGAAAGAAGACAAGUUAAAUAUACGAAAACCUAUUUUAAUAAUAUGAAGGAAGUAAUAAAAUAAAUGGGCAUCAAAAGAAAAAAAAAUUGAGCCAAUAGCAUAAACCAGAACAUCCCCCAUUUUAAGUUUGCAGUGAUUCAAUUAGAAGAGGUAGGAGAGGUUUGCUGAAUUUCUUUAUUAGUCAGAUUUCUGGCUUUAUUGCAUUGUUUCAGAUCCUUAAUAUUAUCUCAAGGUAGUGUUUUAAUAUUUAAUUUCCUUGUGUCUAUAGAUGAGGCCCUACAUGAGGCAGGAUACACCAGAGAGGGGGAUGCUGCACUUGGGAUUCUCCUUGAGAACUGGGAUAUUAAGCAUAGCCUUAAGCAUUCUGGACACAUCCAUCAGGAACUCAUAUAAGCACCUCACACUCACACUGCUCGUGUUCUCAACUGUGUGCAAACUGACAGACAAAAGACAUCUACUGUAGAUUUGGAAAUAUUUUAGAGAUUAUUUCUGUCUUGAGAAAGGGAUUUAAAUUUGAUUUAAUGCUGAUAGUACUAUUUAGAGUCAGAAUACAUUCGUUUUCCCCUAGUGAGUGCAGAGAACAUAAAUUUUAUUCCUAGUUGUAAAACAAAGGAUCUUUAUUUCCUUCUUGUGUUAUAUUCUUUGUGUGAAUUCAAGGUAAAGCUUUAUUUGUUCAUUUGUUCGAUUGUACAGGAAUGUUCAGAGCAUCUGAAGAACAGAUGAGAAUAAUGUAAUAGGAAAGGCAAUCUAUUUCUUAAGCUAAGCACUGGAAGUAACUAUUUUUGCUUUCAUAAUUUUAGGACUUAUUUCUGCAUUUACACCACUAUUAUGUGUCUUCUCUUCGUAAGUAAAAGAAACUGUUAGCAAAGUUUACCUUAAUUUCCCAUCUGUCAAUUAACAGUUAUAAAAGAUUUAGUU